UCAAAAUUUAGUAUGUUAACAACGAAGUGCAAUGCCAAACUGUCGCAGCGCUUCACUAACAUAACGGUGAUUCUCUAUUUGACAAAUGUAACUCUUUUUAGCAGCAAUAUCUUCAUAAAAGAUAUGGAUGAUGUCAUAACUUCCAACGUUUCCACACGAUCACUCAUUAUAGACAUGGAUUUGCCAUUCGACAUUAAUCGAAGAUUCGUAUAUGAAUCGGUCAUAAUUGUUCAAUUUCUUCACUUGCUGGUAUGUGCUAACGGAAUGGGUUUAAUAAAUGCUUUACUUAUAAAUUUGAUAUUACAUAUAAGCGGUCAAAUCGAUAUUCUUCGUAAAAGUGUGUUGGAACUUUUUCCGAAAGAAAAUAAGUGCAGUACGAAUCGUUCUAUGGUAAAAAGAGUAAUCAAAAAACACCAGACUAUUAUCACUUUUUCAGAACAUAUUGAAGAUCUGUACUCAUAUAUGUCAAUGGUGCUUUUCAUAUCGGAUACUUUUCUUAUCUGCUGCUUGGGUUUUACAAUGGUUACGUCGAUUGGGCGACCUAAUGCUUCAGAAAGCAUAAUCAGAAAUUUUUUGUUUUACCUCGCUGUGAAUAUAGAGGUAUUUAUAUUCUGUUUUGCUGGAGAAUAUUUGAGCGCUAAGAGCAAGAGCAUUGGAGAUGCUGCAUACGAAUCUCUUUGGUACGAGUCAGAUUCCAGAAACGGUCGAAAUGUAUUGCUCUUAAUAAUGAGGUCACAAAAUCAAUUAACCAUUACAAUUGGAAAUAUAGCGAAUUUGUCUCUAGAACAAUUUAGCGGUAUUCUAAAAGCUUCGGCUUCCUAUAUAUCGGUACUACUUGCAAUGUAAUGAAGCAAAACUACAUUCUAUUUACAUCGAAUUUUUAAUGAGCACUAGCAUUAGUAGCUAGUUAUUGUGUAGUUAU